GCGUAGCGGGGGCUCAGGUGGUGAAGGUCACGGUGCAGGUCACCGCGACACCCCUCCCCAGCUUGGGACCGCAGUCUUUGGGGCGGGGCUCUCCGGGAGGGGGCGGGAAGCGCAGGGGCCGCCCGCCCGGCCUUACUCAGACCUUCCGCAUCCUGAGGUUGACGCCUGAGAAAUGGGCCGUGGAAGAUGGGUUUGUUGUUCUCGGGAAGGGGGGAGUCUAGGUUACUCCCGCGGGGCGGGGACCCGGGCCGGAAUAUCCCGCGGGGGGAGGAGAGUCGUAGUCCAGAUUCCCCCCAAACCCCCUUCCAGGAGAGUGGCAUCUCCAUUCCAGACGCCAGAUCCAGACUGGGAAGUCCUUCCUGGUGUCUUGCCCAGGGCUGCAGCAGCGCCUCCAGUAGACCGGGAGCUCCCGUAGGGCAGGGGGCUUGUACGACCCCCUCUGUGCCCUGCCCCAGCCUGGGUUGAGUUGAAUCCAGGACCAGCUGCUGUCCACCUCCCCACUCCCACUCUGCCCUCCUGCCUCCAGCCAUGGCGCCCCUGCUCGCCCUGUUCCUGGCUGCCCUGUUGGGCCUACCCCUGGCCCAGGCUCUGGACUGCCAUGUGUGCGCCUACAACGGGGAGAACUGCUUCAGCCCCAUGCGCUGCCCAGCCAUGGUCACCUACUGCAUGACCACGCGCACUUACUACACCCCGACCAGGAUGAAGGUGAGCAAGUCGUGCGUGCCCAGCUGCUUCGAGACCGUGUAUGAUGGCUACUCCAAGCACGCGGCCACCACCUCCUGCUGCCAGUAUGACCUCUGCAACGGCGCUGGCCAUGCCGCCCCUGGGGCUCUGGCCCUGGUCCCUGUACUCCUGGCCACCCUCUGGAGUCUGCUCUAAGCCCCCCGCCAGCCGCACUCAAGGACAAAGCUCUGAGAGGCACAGCCCCCCUCUCACCCUGCACACACCCUUCCCACUCUCUGCCCCCCACAGACCCCUUCAGCCACACCCAGGACUGUCUGCAAGAGGACUCAACCAGCCCCAGCCACCACGGGCCUGGAGGCCAAGACCUUUCCUUUUCAAGGCCGAUCGGGACUGGCCUCCCAGAGGGGUCUGGCAUUGGUGGGGAAGCUCAGCCCCUCCUCCAUCCGAGGAUGGGGGCAUCUGGCAAAGUGUGCUGUUUAUGGGGGUUCCUCAGUCAGCCAAGGCAUCCUGAUUUGAAGGGAGACGCGCCCCACCUUCCUGGCAGCCCUGGGGUCAGGUGAGGGCCAUGUGAGGAAGGCCUUUGUCCCUGUCCGCUGUCCUAGGCAGGAGUGCCAGGCCCAGGCGUACAGACAGCACUUAGCAGGGGAGGGGGUGGCUCAGCCUAGAGAGGCUCCUGCGGCCCCUCCAGCCCCAGAAGUAGGUUCUGUGUCCAGCGAGGGGUCCUUCCCUUGUUGUUCAGCCAAACUCUUUACCUUCCCGUUCUCUACCUGGGCUCUGGCCUGUGCGACGGGCCUGCGGCUGGCAGGCACGUGGGGGCGGGGUGGGCAGGCCGGUUAUAUUUGGUCGGGCCUGAGCGCUGACCCCAGGGCUAUUUUGGGCCGGGAGGGAAGGGAGCUGGGCCGUGGGCCGCCCGAGGCCUGGUCUUCAGCACCAGCAGGCUCGGCGGGGCGUGCCCCUUUAUGGAGGGGGGCAAACUGCGGCCCGGCGACCGAGGGCAUGCUCCCACCCAAGUCGGGGGCGGCGGGGGGG